CAAUAUUCUUUAAACAAAAUCAUUUUGAACACUUUAAAUCGAAUAUUUAUCAAGCUAGUUCACAAAUUGCGAAUUUGUGUGAAAUCAUUUUUCAAAACUAUCAAAUAGACUGUACUCAGCGAAGAUCCACCUUGUCGACACUUGCUUUGCUUUCGAUGACACAAUUUCGUUGAAGCAGACUUCUUUGAUCGAAGAGAGAAGGAGACAGCGGGAUAUAGCGAGAAAGCGGCAGAAAAGAAGAGCAAACGAGAUCGAUACAGUAGUAGGGAGUGCCAAGAGAGACGUACAGUAAAGAUGGCGGAGAAUCCGGAUGAUCAUGUGUGCCUCUACAUCGAGAUUUUGGCCUGCAGUGACUUGUUGAUUCGAGAUCGAAAGGCACAGUCGUCGGAUCCUUAUGUCAAAGUGAAGCUGGCAGGAAAAGAUAUUCAUCAGACCAAGACCAUACUCAAAAACCUCAAUCCCGUUUUUGGAGACGCGGAGCAACAUGCUUUUCUAUUGGAUUGUCCUAAAAAACAGCUCAUUGACAAUCAAGGACUGCUGUUCAAGGUGAAGGACUGGAAUCGCUUUGCGGAUCAGGACAUUGGUUCUAUCCAAGUUUCGGCGGCGGAUUUGACCAAGGCGUCUGGAGAGACCAUGGAGUAUGUCUUGGAGCCUCCUUCCGAUGUUCCCAAGGACACACCUGUUGGGACACUUACCAUUGGUUGCUGGCAGGCCACGGAUGCUCAUUUGGAAAAACUCGGAAAGGACAAGAAGGGUUUACGUGGUUUUGUGUCGGGAAUUCAGUCCAAGGCACACGAUAUUACACACAAGGCAGAGGAGAGAAUGAAAGAUUUGGGUGACAAAAUGCACGUCAAGGAAUUUUCCCAGGCAUUGACUCCCAGUUUUAUGAAAAAAGACGAGGAAACGCCAAAACCAUUUGGCUCUGCAAUUACCGACGAAAGUGAGAAAGACAGUGAGGAAAAAGAAGUCGUCAAUACGGAGGACAUUGAUGAAUAUGAACAAAAAUACUUGGAAGAAGUCCUCCUUGUGGUGGAAGUUGUAGCUGGACGAAACUUAUUGAUUGGCGACAAACAUAGCUCUGAUCCCUACGUCAAAGUCAUGAUGGGCGAGGACCAAAUUCACAAGACAAAACAUAUCCUCAAGACGCUCAACCCAAUCUACACCCCUGAAAUCGGGUCAACUUUCCUUCUGGAAUGCCCUGCGACAGAUCUUGCCGACCAGGGUGGAUUGAAUUUCAUUGUGAAAGAUUGGGACCGCAUUGGAGUUAACGAUGACCUAGGUACAGUAGACGUGUCUCAUCUCAAUUUGACCAAAGCCACUGGCGAAGCUAUGGAAUUCAUGAUUGAGCCUCCAAAGGGAGUCAACACGGAACCAGGAGAGGCUGGAUACUUACUCAUUCGAUGCCGAAAGGCGAGCAAGGCGGACGCCGAAUUCUUGAAGGAUCCGCAUCAUGUACCAAAAAAUAUGUUCCCAACAACAACAAAGGAAGCAGCAUCGUCUGCAUGGGCCUCUUUGGAGAAGCAGUCAGAAGAUGCACCCGAGCUGAAGGUAGAGCCCAAAACGUCAACCGAGGAGGACCCCAAUCUACCUGUUCCGGACAUGACGGACAGUUUGCACAUCAGGAUUGAAAUCGUCAAGUGUCGUAACUUGAUUGCUGCCGAUAGGGGGGGCACGUCCGAUCCCUAUGUCAAAGUCAAACUCGCCAACAAGGAUUUGCAUGAAACAAAGCACAUUCUCAAGACUCUCAAUCCGCUCUUUUCGGACGAGACAGAUUCCACAUUCGUCCUCCACUGUUUGGCCAAGGACCUGUACGACGCCAAAGGGCUUCAAUUCAAGUGUAAAGACUACGAUCGACUCGGCAAAUCGGAUGAAUUGGGUACUGUUCAGGUGCCCCCUGGUAAGAUUUACAACGGAAAAGGAGAGGAUUUGGAAUUCGAUAUCGCGCCUCCAAAAGGCCAAGAGGGAAAAGAUGCAGGAAGUCUUACAAUUCGGUGCAGCGCGACUACAGCCGACGACCACACUGGUGAAAGGAAGAAGUUCCUUGGCAUGAAGACUCCCCAAAUUGAAGUUCCGAAGAUCGCCAUUCCCACAAUGAAGCCGCUGACGGCGGUUUCGGAAAUGCUUCAUCUUAAGACUCCUGUAACUACGCGCAGCGUUGAAUUGGAUGAACCAAGGCCACUCUUCAUUGAGAUUGUAUCAUGCCGAAAGUUGCUAGGCGCCGAUAAAACAGGGCUAUCGGACCCGUACGUGAAAAUCAAGCUAGGCAAGCAGGAUUUGCAUCAGACAAAGCAUUUGGAGCAAACCUUGGAGCCAAUUUUUGAGCCAAGACACAAUCCGUACUUUGUUUUGGACGCAAAUCCAGCUGAAGUUCGACAAGAAGGAGGCAUUCUUCUCAAGGUCAAAGACUAUGAUAUGUUUGGAAAGGAUGACGACCUUGGCGAGGUCCUGUUGGAAGCGAAAGCUCUUUAUGAGGCAACCGGCGAAAAGACUGAAGUAAAGCUGAACCCACCCAAGGGGAAGGCCGAAGAAGCAGGCUUCAUUUCAUUUCGUUGCCGCCCAGCCACUGCUGACGACAGGGUUCAAAGUAGGACAUUGUUGGGCGGGUUGACGGGAACGGUGAUGCCGAAAACUGAUUAUGGGCCAAAGGAUCUGUCGCUUCUCAUUGAGAUUGUUUCGGGCUGGCGUUUGCCAAUCGCGGACUUGACAUCGAGCGAUCCGUAUGUCAAGAUCAGAAUUGGCUCCUACGACUACCACAGGACGAAGCCAAUCAAGAACACCCGCGAUCCUAUCUACACGAUCCAGCACCAGUCUCUCUUCAUUCUCGAAGUGGCAACAAAAGAAAUCAAGGACAACGACGGAAUCACGUUCGAAGUCAAAGACUACGAUUUCAUUGGCAGCAACGAUAUGCUUGGCACGGUCGUAGUCCCCCCUGAAACGAUCUUGGAGGCCAAAGGCGAGAGGCUUGAAUUGCAGUUGAAAAACAAAGGCAACGACGCAGGUUUCCUGGCAGUGCGAUGCCGACCUGCAACAAACUACGACCGCGAAUUUUUGCAGGGCGUGACAGGCCGCAGUAAGAAGCGAGACUUCAUGGGCCUCAAUGCCAGUUACGACAGAACAAUGGCGCCAAAGGGAGGAGGGGGAAACGUACUCAAGACCAUGUUUACCAGAAACAACAAAACUGAACAUGGCGUCAAGAAAUAUCGAGUCCGACCAUUCCCCGAUCCGGAGCGAAAGGCAGACACUGAAUUCAUGUCAGAGAAGCAGAUCGAAGCAGAGGCUCUCAAGGAUUCGAGAACCUGGCUGGAUGUUGGCUCUGGCGACUUGGGCAAGGUCUAUUGUGAGAUUAUCGGAUGCGAUGGACUACCCAACAAAGACCAGGAUUUGGGCAAUGGAAACAAGACGGAUUCAUUUGCCGCUAUUGUAUAUGAGGACGUUGUCGUGAAGACUGACGUGAUCGAUGACUGUCUAUCUCCGCGGUGGCUUCCUUGGAUGCAGCGAGCUUUCAUCUUCCGUAUGAUGCACCCUUCGUCCAAUUUGAACAUUUGUGUUUUUGACUACGACCCGGGUUUUGCUGGUGAUCAUGAUAUUUGCGGUAGAGUAUCCAUUGACCUGGCAAACUUAGUGCCUGGAACGGAGUACGUGCUGCGGUACAAGCUUUACGAAAACUCGGCUUACGAAGAGAGAGAACCAAAGGGCAUUCUGAUGGUUCGACUUCGCAUGGAGCUUAAGGGCCAGAAAGACAUGCUCAUGUCGUACCUCCAAUAUCCGGGGCCCCAGUUUUUCGUAAAUGUCAAGUCAGCCAAAGACUUUGACCUUGUCCGUCAAACAGUUGGAGGCCGACAGGAUCUCACGAGUUACAGCACGAAAACAAUCGGACUAUACGUGGAAGAGCUGACAGGUUACUCGGAAAUCACUUAUUACAUCUCGGACACUAUUGUUUCGCUAUUGUUUUGGCGGGAGCAAGUGAAAAUGUUUGGAAUUUGGGUGCCCUUGCAUUCUCUCGUGUUAUUUCUCUCUGCGAUUAUUCUAGCAGAGAGGCCAACUUUGUACCCCGCCUUCUAUUUCUUUUCGCUGGGAUGGUCCAUUCUUGCAGUGGGGUACUGGCGAAACAACAGCUCCAACCCCUGGGAUAAGACCCAGACAGCAUUUGGCCUCUUGACUGCGCUUAUCACUGGAGUUUCCAUUCAUGGCCCCCCAAAAAAGAUUGGAGCACACGAGAAAGAAGAAGAAUCCAAGGCAGAGCAAAAAGCAAUCAGAGACAAGAGGGAAAAGCUCAACAAGCAACGCGAGGAAGUGUCGAAAGCCCAGGUUGCCUUGGCGCAGGAACACCAAUCUCAAAUGUCUCAAGUGGGGGAACAAAGUGCCAAUACAGAUAUCUCAACCAAUGCUGGUGGCGUGUCGUUGGACCCUUUGAAGGUCGUGUUGUACCCUCUUCAGCUGUAUUUGGGCUUGGCUUGCAGAACACUUCGACUAGUCAAGAAUGUUCUCAUUUGGGAUGAGCCAUAUGUGGCGUUCAUCUUGACUUUUGUAUUCUUUGGGAUCGGCUUUGUUCUCUUGUUUGUCCCUUGGCUCUUCUUGUUUCGAUGGACCUCACGCCUUAUUGCUUGGGGUUUGCUGGGACCUCACAUGAAGCUGGCUGACAUUUACUGGUAUCGAGACUUUGAAAACAUGAGCGAAGAAGAACAAGCGCAGCAAAUUCGAGAUGGGUUCACAGCUCAACUUGAUGCUGCUCGAGCUCUCGCCGCCCAGGCUCGAAUCGACAAUGAACGAGCCAUCAAACUCAAGGACAUCAAGAAGGAGCUUUAUGGCAAGUUUGUUACUUGGGUUCCGGUGCUUUCUUUCGAACGCUUUCCCGACGUUCCGCUGCAUUCGUCGUCAGCACAGCCGUACACGCCUCCGGAGAACCAAAGUCGUGCUAUUCCUGAACGUGUUGCCGGGCAACAUCUUGUCGGAGACAUGAUUCCACGCAUUAUGGAUUUGGACGACCCCGGAAUGGAGGUUAGUGAAGAGGCAAAAAAGAACGACUAGUCGUUGGAUAUUUCCUUGCCAAUACCGGAACAACAGAACGGACGAAAGAUUUUCGGAAGGAACUGACGUCGGAUGAAAUAAAAAUGAUUGUGUGAGAAGCUGCUACCACCCUCAACAGCUAUUAGCUAGUUCCAAAUCCAAAGGCAACAUAUUAGGACACGACGCUUGUUUAG